CGUUCUUCGUUUUGCACGAAGCAUCAAGGAAAAUUCACAACGUGCGAGAUUCUCGCAGUUUAUAGACAAGAUUUAAUAUUUUUUCUAUAAAAUAUUCUGUAUCGUAAGGAUCUAUAAUAUGUAAUCAGCAGCCAUACUCUCGUUUGCAAAAUAAUAAGAGUCGAUUAGCAAGAUAAUAAAAAUCGAAAAUGGAGAACGUCCAUGUGCAAGUGAAAGACAACUCGCCGUCGAUAGAAGCGAAAACGGAGGAAGGGAUCCAUGUACAAGUGAAAAACAACUCGCCGUCGAUAGAACGUAUCUUACGUCCAAUAUCGUACACCGCCUGGCUCUUGGGCGUCGGUAUUGCACGUCCACGAAAAUGUCCCGCAGCUAUAACGAUUGUUAUACGUAUAAUUCACAUAGCUGUGUGUUCUUAUAUCAUGAUACGCGACACUCAAUAUUACUUCGCUCAUAUUCAUAUGGACAUGAUGGAGUACAUAUAUUAUUGUCUAAACAGAAUGAUAUAUUACAUAUCAACCUUUUAUUAUAUUUAUCACGGAAUCAGGCAGUACAACAAGUGGCCAGAACUAAUGGAUAGAUUAGAAAAACUCGAUCAGAAGAUUAGGAAAGAAAUAUCCAUGAAUGACCAAUCUAUAAAAAUUAUUGAAGCACAGUUUUCACGACGUUAAUUUUCUGUCCUUUGUGGCCGAUUAUUAGGAUGUAUUACUACAUUACCAUAUCACAUAAAGUACAUGAACGUUUUAUUAUAGGAACGCUGUAUUACUACAUAUUAGCGCAGUCGUUGAUCAACAGCUUCGUCUUUGUCGUUGUCGUCUAUGUGUUAUAUUGCAGAUUUCAAAUAAUAAAUAAAUUGAUCGGUCAGUUGGAAAAGUUAUCCAAUGUGCAAUGGAUCGCGUUCAAGAUUAGACGCAUCAGAGAAUUGCAUGCGGAUAUUUGUGACCUCGCUAGCAUGGUAAACGAUAUUCACGGUCUUCAUCUCCUUUUCUGUUCGGCAACUUGCUUCACCAUGGCUAUAGUUUCACUACUCCAUUUUUUCAAAUACGCGUGGAGUUUUUACUUGGUAGAUGUGAUACAACAUUUCUUAUGCAUUGUAUAUUCCAUGCAAUUCUGGCUGAUUUGUUGGAUUUGUACACUCGCGUGCCAAGAAUCCAGUAGGACUGGCAGAAUCAUGCACAAAGUUAUAUUGAAUUGCCAACCUAUGAAUCUUGAUAAUCAGGAGGCAGGUAAUCAAUCGAGUCCAGAUUUGCGAUCUGCACUAGAAGAUUGGAACAGCAAGAAGAAUUCUAAUUGUAGCAGCACUCACAAUGUCAUGGAAAAUUUUUUGCGCAAAAAUCUGGACCGAAAGUGUGUCAGAAAAGAGGUCAAUGAUUUUUCCACUCAACUGCAGCAAAAUCGAGUAGUAUUUACUGCCUACGAUUUCUUCAAAAUAAACAAUGCUUCUUUCGGUUAUUUCGUCGGGGUGAUCGUCACUUAUCUAAUAUUCUUCUUUCAAUUCAACACCAUCUAUUAAAAAUUAAAAAAGAAUUCUAAAAAUGUAUUUGAAGCGUUUGAAAAUGUGUUAAAAUCCAACGUCACAUUUUUUUUUUCUUUACAGUAUCAAUUGUAAACACUUUUUUCUAAAAAUUUUUAUACUGUUAUAUUGUAUAAUAUUAUUAUUUCAUUGUAACCCGUGUUCUUAUAUCUUGCUUGUAAAAAUAAAUUAAGAGACUAAUACUAUGUAAAAAAUGUAAGACAAAUGUUCCAUUAUCAUACAGACAGCAUUAUUGUAAAAGCGAGGUGGUGAUACAUGACGCGCAACUAAUUGUCGCUGAAUUAGGUUCGUAUAGCGGCUCGUUUUCGAUAUAAUAUAACUCACUAAUAUACAUUGAUUUAAUUAGCAAUUAAAACUUUACAGAAGCAUCAAUCCGCGGAAAGGAUUGUACAAAUGGAAACACGUGUCUCGUGCUAUCAAUCUCAUAGAUGUUACACAGCGCAGUCAAUUAUAUCAAUCGCGAUCACAAUGUAACAGACGUAACAGAAAGAAUUUCUAGUAGCAUGAAUAAAAAUAUUCUUGAUACAUUUAAUCUAGUUGUAACUUUAAGCAGUGUAAAAAUAACGCAACAUUAAGACGAAGACUACAAUUCCUUUUUUCCACCAUCGAAUUAAAUAAGAUUGAUUUAUUUGUCUUGGGACAUGAGUAACAUAUAUAAAUUUUAAUGUAUAUAUUCUUACAUUUAAAAUAAAAAUUUGCUGGAUGUUAUAACGUACGAUGAUCAAUUG